UCACGAUGUCAAAGUGUCCCAUCAGUCACCACGUAGCCGCGCGUUCACUGCCCUUUUCUCAGCGGCACAGUGUGGUACUCAUAUUGGUGGCGGCUAGGCCAUCCCAUUUCAUACGCCGCAGUUUCUCUCUCUCCCCUUACGUGCCAAGCUCUUCUACGACUUUAUCCGGGAUACUGAAACCGUUGGAACCAUGUCAGCUAUCGAAAAACUCACAGGCGCGCUCCUCAUUGAGAUUUGCAUGGCGGUGAUGCUGUAUGGAAUGUCUACUAUUCAGGCGUAUGUCUACUGGUGGAACUAUCCUGACGACCCUCUCACGAUCAGGUCCAUAGUCGGGACGGUUUGGAUCUUGGAGACGACCCACACGGCGUUUUGUCUCCAUCUCAUAUAUAGUUAUAUGGUCAAGGAUUUCGGUAAUGUGCAGCCAAUCGAACACAUUGUGUGGAGCGCCGGGGCUGCAGUACUGGUGGCGGUAUUCGUAGCCGCGAUCGCUCAAGGUUUCUUCAUACGUCGGAUUUGGGUCUUGAGCCGGAACAACCGCUUUAUCACUUGUGUUGCAGCAACAUUAUUAUUCUGUCGAGUUUGCACAGGCAUCGCAACCUCUAUCUUAUCAUGGAAUAUCACCGAAUGGGCCAGUUUCCGCACGUCGAUUGGACCCUUGUUCACCCUAACGUUCGGCGUCUCUUUGGCGGCCACCGAGGACAUGCUCAUUGCUGGAACGCUUAUAUACUACCUGCAGAAAAGCCGCACAGGAGCACGGAGGACAGACCACCUCAUCAGGACAUUGCAGACAUAUAUCAUCAACACAGGAAGCCUCACGAUGCUUGUAUCUAUCACGAUCGUUUUGACCUAUAUAUUCUAUGAGGGCAGUUUGCUCUUCGUAGGCAUGGUCACCGUGCAGGGGAAACUCUACGCCAACUCCUUCCUUGCUACGUUGAAUGCUCGACAGCACUUGACUAGUCCUCGAGGCACCGCAGCAGGCGAUGCGAUCACCAUGAGUUUCGCUGCUGCAAAGAUUGCCGCUGGCGAUAGGUACAGGGUACCAGCACGCCACAUUGAGAUCUAUCAGACUGUCACGAAGGCCAUGCACGAUGACGCCGCACAAGGCAUCGACGUAGGGUCCAGCAUGACUGAAACUCCCGAGAAUGUGGAUAUGGGCGUGGACGGCGUGGACGGGCGCAAAGGCCAGAUUUUGGUCUAAUCCAGAUGCCAUGGCCCGUGAUCACACGAGGCGGCGAGUGCUCCCAUGGAACGAAUGAUUUAGUGUACGAUACGUGGACAUCUAAGAUGCUACGAAUGGAUGAUAUACAGCAGGGUUCAGGCACCGCAAACCUCAAGCAUGGGGACGUGGGUGGUCGUCGGUGUCUUCUUCCGACUUAUCCUGAAAUGCAGAGUAGUAAGAGUCCGCGCAGAAGUACUGUAGGACGGGUUAGCUCACUCAUCAGCGCGAUUCCUCCAGGCGAAACCUUCGCGAUAUUAAAGGUACGAUACAAACUGCCUAUCUAUAUCAUAAUAUAAGCAUAUACGCAUAUCUAGGCCGAGCAUCUCUACGCAUGCAUACCGGCGUCAUCCGUGUCGAUGCCGUAGAACUGCCACAUCCUCCGCGCGUCCAUGUCUGGCACCCCAGACAUCUGCGACCGUGUCCUGCCGUCUCUCUGCAUGACCAUCUUCCUCUGCGAGAU